UUUGUGGCAGAGCCCAUGGGGGAGAAGUCUGUGAUGGCACUAGCAGGAAUCGGUGAAGUUCUUGGAAAGAGAUUGGAAGAGAAGGGCUUCGACAAGGCAUAUGUUGUUCUAGGACAGUUCUUGGUCCUGAGGAAAGAUGAGGAGUUGUUUCGGGAAUGGUUGAAGGAUACUUGUGGAGCCAACACCAAACAGCAAGGCGACUGUUAUAGCUGUCUGAGAGAGUGGUGUGACUCUUUCCUGUAGUUGACUUUUUUUUUGUUGUUGUUGUAUAUUCAUCCUCCACAAGCUGACUUGUAUGCCAAAUACAUUUACCUCACUCUGUCAAUUCGACUUUAAGGACAAUUUUUGGAUGUAUUAAUAUUAAUUCUUAGAACAGAAUUGUUAUCGCACUAGAAGGUCUUUAGAUGGGUACACUUGUAUUAUCACUGCUCAUUUUGUGUGUUGCUCGAACAUCAUUCACACUGGAUCUUUAGUUUUGGGGGUAUGAUACAAAAUUAUCCAAAAAUCCAUUUAUAUGCAGUUCUGUUCCAGGCAAUACAUGCACCAGUAGUCCAAAUUCAAUAACACAGAUAGUUCUGCAAGUCUUCCUCCCUCUCUGUCUAUGACUUUUGAAGGUUUUAACUAUGUCCAAAAUGUGCCACAGUGCUUAUAAGCUUUUAAAGGUUUAUGUGAACUGGUCACUGUUCUCUGAUAUAUUACCCAAAGGAUCAGAUGCAUAAUGGUAUAAUUUUGCCGUAUGCUUUUAUGCUCCCCAACCCCUAAAUUGCCUUAAUAAAAAUCUGGAUUUGUUUUAA